AUGUUCCGGAACAUUAGACAAUAUAACCAUUUGAGCAAUGUUCAAUGUUCAAUAUUUUUUUAUUCUACUCAAGCAGCUCGAAAAGUGAAUUUUCAAGAUGAAUGGAACAAUGCAAAACCUUACGAAAAUAUUCCAAAAUUAUCAAAAUUUCAGUUGAUAAGAGGAUUUUUGCCUGGAGGAAAAUUUCGAAACGCAAAUUUGAUGGAACUUCACAGAAUUCUUAACAAAGAGUAUGGAUCGGUUGUGGAAUUCCCUCAAAUCGUUGGUAGACCAUCAAUGUUAUGCACUUACAAUGUAGAUGACUUUGAAAAAGUUUUACGUCAUGAAGGUGCUAUGCCACACAGACGAACUUUAGAAACUUUGCAAUACUACAGACAGAAAUUCCGUUCUGACAUUUAUGGUGUUUACGGUGGAUUAUUCACAGAGCAAGGUGAAGAUUGGCACAAAAUGAGAAUGCUACUUAAUCCAGUAUUGCUCCCACCUAAAACUAUUCAACAAUAUGUACCUCGAGUUGAUAAUGUCACCAAAUUAUUCAUUAAAACGCUGGCUGAGAAGAUUGAUAGAAAUGGAGAAACUCCGUCUAAUACUAGCGAUUACUUGAAUAUGUGGAGCUUGGAAUCAAUAGCAAAUAUCAGUUUAGACACUCAACUUGGAAUUGUUGGUGGAAAAUAUAAGGAUGAAAUGGCUGAAAAGCUAAUUAAGUCUAUCCGUAAAUUCUUCAUUGAAGUUUAUCAAUUCGAAAUAAAUAUUUCAAUUUGGAAGUAUUAUCAAACGAAAGCUUUCAAGGGAUUAUUGCAGAUAUAUGAUGACAUUACAAACAUUGUGCUGUAUUAUGUAGAACGAGCUAUUGAGGAAUUGCCACAGAAAUCAUCAAACGAAUAUACAGAAGAAAGCAUUUUAGAGAAGCUAUUGAAAAUCGAUAAAAAUCUUGCCGUAGUAAUGUGUACAGACGCUUUACUUGCCGGAGUCGACACAACGAGCUCAGCGUCUAUUGGGAUUCUAUACUGUUUGGCGAAAAAUCAAGAUAAGCAGGACAAACUAAGGGAAGAAAUUAGAGGGAUUUUAAAGAACGAAGAUGACGAUUUGACUCCAAAAAAUAUGCAAAACAUGCCAUACUUAAGAGCUUGCAUCAAAGAAGGAUUACGUCUUUGUCCACCAACUGCAGGUACAAUAAGAAAAGCAGGAGAAGAUUUGGUGCUUUCUGGAUAUCGCGUACCAAAAGGAACUGAUAUUGUGAUGCCAGUAGCUGUUUUAUCUCAAGAAUGUUAUACAAAGAAAGCUGAAUUCAUUCCUGAACGAUGGUUGAAAGGAGAAACUCAUGCUGAAUGUCCACAUGCAAACGAAGCAUCACCAUUUUCAUACUUGCCAUUUGGCUUUGGAAGCAGGGUUUGCAUUGGAAAGCGAUUAGCAAACUUGGAGAUUGAAGUUUUAGUUUCGAGAUUAAUUCGCGAUUACAAACUAGAAUGGAACCUUCCAAACCUAAAGUUCAAGGCUGGCGUUGUAAAUAUUCCAGACGGAGACAUCAAGUUUAAAAUGACAAAAGUAUAA